CCCAUUCCUUCAUCUUUUCAUACGCCUGCCACCUUACAGACAACUUGAAUAUACUUGCAGUCAGCCUUUCGAGACAUCUCUUCAUUUUCUUUUUAAACUAUUCUGUCUUACCUCUCAUUUUAGUUGAACUUUUGCCACAGCUGCCGGCAGCAUUUAAUCGCCCCUCCCCCACGCUCAACCGCACUGUCAGGCAUCGUCUAACUCUAUAGUCGUGUCGGCCUAAUAAAUUUUACAUCUUGUGCAAAAAUGUUUAAUCGCAAUAACUACCCCUCUGUGCCCAAUCCCUUCGGCGCUCGUCCCUCGCGCGGGGACGGCUAUCCUGCCCCUAAUCAACCGGGCGGAUAUCCUUCUGCAGGUCCCGGAGGAUAUGGAGCCCCGCCGCAGUCUAUGGGCAGGCCUAGCCCAUCCCACAUGCCACCACGGAGCGAGAAGCCCGUCAGCUCUGGCCAGACAUGGACGCUGCGGCCUGCAAAGAGCCCCGACAAUGUGUAUACUUUCGGAAACUUAGUCGCGGUUUCAACUCAGGACUUUCCUCCCUCGCGCGAUGGACACGAUCUCCUCCUUCUCAUCAACGACCUCUACGUUCUUUCUGCGCGUCCUCUCGAUGGGUUCCCCCCGGGUCACAUUAGCAUGUCGGAUCCCCAGCGGACUUGGGCUGGUAUCGCUUUCACCGAUUCGGUGCAAGUGCAGAUCUAUGAUCCUUUCAGCCAGGGUGGCCAGGCGUACGUCGGCUCCACCGAUAUCGAAGUAGGAUUCGCUGGCAAGAAGAGGGUUGAGACUCCGUAUGACCAGGACGAACUGGCCAGCGUUGUGAUCAAGAACUUCGAAAAUCAAAUAUUUGCUCCCGGUCAAAAGAUCCUCAUGGAUCACCGGAGCAUCCCGCUUUUGUUGACGAUCAAGACUGUUCAGCGCGUUGAUUUGUCCUCUGGCAAGCCCGACGCUAGCGGUGGACAGGUCGAGACCGACCCUACUGCUAGAGGUAUCCUUACAAGACACUCCCAGAUCACUUUCUUCAAGGAUGCUCGUACUGGCAUAAAUCUGAAGGCCUCGAAUCGACGACCGGCAGCCAAUUCUAUCAUCCAGCCUGACUUCAAGUUCGAGAAUAUGGGUAUUGGUGGUCUCGACUCAGAAUUCAGCACUAUCUUCCGUCGUGCCUUUGCAUCUCGCAUUUUCCCGCCGGGACUUGUUGAGAAAUUAGGCCUUCAGCAUGUGAAGGGUAUUCUGCUCUAUGGUCCUCCGGGAACGGGUAAAACACUGAUUGCGCGUCAAAUUGGAAAAAUGUUGAAUGCCAGGGAACCUAAGGUUAUCAAUGGACCGGAAGUGCUCAACAAGUACGUUGGUCAGUCGGAAGAAAACAUUCGAAAACUCUUUGCGGACGCAGAGAAGGAGUACAAGGAGAAGGGCGAGGAGAGCGGCCUUCACAUUAUCAUUUUCGAUGAGUUGGAUGCCGUUUGUAAGCAGCGUGGCAGCGGAGCAGGUGGAGGUACCGGAGUUGGAGACAGCGUGGUCAACCAGCUACUCUCCAAGCUCGACGGUGUCGACCAGCUCAACAACAUCCUACUCAUUGGUAUGACCAACAGAAAGGACAUGAUCGAUGAAGCCCUCCUGCGUCCUGGUCGUCUUGAAGUUCACAUGGAAAUCUCGCUUCCGGACGAGAGCGGCCGUGCUCAGAUCCUCAAGAUCCAUACUCAAAAAAUGCGCGACAAUAGUGUAAUGGACGAUGACGUGGAUCUGCCCGAGCUGGCUCAGCUGACGAAAAACUUCUCUGGUGCCGAAAUUGCUGGUCUUGUCAAAUCCGCGUCGUCAUUCGCAUUCUCAAGGCACAUCAAAGUUGGAACGAUGGCUAACGUCAGUGAUGAUGUUGUGAAUAUGAAAGUCAAUCGAGCUGAUUUCCACCACGCACUUGACGAAGUCAAACCAGCAUUUGGUGUUUCGGAGGAAGAGCUGUCAAGCCGUAUUCAGUAUGGCAUCAUCCACUUCUCAACUGGCAUCAAUGAGAUUCUCAAGGAAGGAGAGCUUUUUGUGAAGCAAGUUAGCAAUGCGGAAUCCUCUCCUUUGUUCUCUGUCCUGCUGCAUGGCCCGACCGCAAGUGGAAAGACCGCUCUUGCUGCUCGGAUCGCCAUUGACUCGGGCUUCCCCUUCAUCAAGUUGAUCAGUCCUGAGGACAUGGUCGGAUAUAGUGAAAUGGCGAAGAUCCAGCACAUUACCAAGAUCUUUGAUGAUGCUUACAAGAGUCGUACGAGUGUUGUCGUGGUUGACAAUAUCGAGCGCCUUAUUGAGUGGGUUCCUAUCGGUCCUCGCUUCAGCAAUGCAAUCUUGCAAACGUUGAUGGUGUGCUUGAGAAAGCAGCCUAGCAAGGGCAGACGACUUUUGGUCCUGGCGACCACAACGGAGAGGGCUGUGUUGAAGCAGCUGGACGUGUAUAACUCGUUCAAUGCGGAUAUCAUGGUUCCCAAUGUCAUGACAUACGAUGAGCUGAGACAUAUUCUGGAGAAGUCCGAAGCCUUUGAAGCGCAGGAAAUUGAGCAAGCGCUAGAGGGUCUUGAUGACAUCUCCGAAAGCAAAACAAUUGGGGUUGGUGUCAAGAAGGUGCUUCUGGGAAUCGAGACGGCCAAGCAGGACGUCGAUAAGGUAGGGCGCUUUGUGCGUGUCAUCAACCGUGCCAUUCAGGAGGAGCACACUUUUGCGUAGAGUUGGCAGGAGCUAUGAACAGCGAGACUGGUAUAUCAUGGUGUAUAAUGACGCUAGAGCAAUUGAGCAUGACAGUAUACAUGCUAUACGUCAUCUUUCUCACAGGCUGGCUUGGUCAUGCCCCUGCCGUGUUAUUUCAUUCAUUUAACUUAACACUAUUGUAGAGGUAACUACCCACCC